AUGGGUGCAACUUGUUCCAACAUGAAAAACCAAAAUGUAUUUAACAUUAUGGAACUCCCUUAUAAGUACAAUUAUGAUGAAAGACUUAGUAUUCAUGUGAUGGCAUAUAUCUGGUCUGAUAAUGGACAUAAUUUAUUUGAUUAUGAGAGCGAUUCCCUUGUCAGAAAAUCUAUUGACUUUGAUUUUUAAGGAAGAGUGGUUUAAUUAGAUAGAGACAUCUUGGCAUUAACCAAAAAUGAAGUAGUAAGGAAUUAAAGAGAAAUAUUUGAGUUUCGCAGUAAUCAGAAAUCAAUUGAAAUAUAUAAUUCUAAACUAGAAAAUGCAUUCUGGAAAGUCAUCAGACCAUUAUAGGCAUCAGAUCUACCUACCUUAGACCGUCAAAAAUUAGUGAUUAAUUCAACAAUAAAAUUAGGAAGAGUCAAAUUAACAGUACUUGAUUAUAGUUUUGCUUAUGAAUAUGAUGACGGAGGAGUCCCAGAUGAAUUUGAUGAAAAAAAUAAAUUAAAUGAUAGUGGAUGUGUAGAAGGAUAAGUGUAAUGCAGAUUUUGUUUAAGUAAACUGGCGACACUUGAAAAUCCCUUCAUAAGUCCAUGCAAAUGCAUUGGUUCCAUCAAAUAUAUCCACUUAAAAUGUUUAUAGAGUUGGAUAAAUAGCCAAUUAAAAACUAAAGCAUAGAAUGGGGUAACACUAUAUUAUUGGAAAAGUAUGAAAUGUGAACUAUGUAAAUCGAUGUACAAAACUUCCUUUAAAUUUAAGUAGAUUCAAUAUAACAUAUGUGACAUUAAUAAACCAAAAGAGCCUUAUUUGUUAUUGCAAAUUAAUCACAGUGAUAAAAACAAAGAAUAGGGUUUAUAUGUAAUUGAUGUCAAAACAAGGGACACCAUUAAAAUAGGUAGAACAUAAGAUUGCGAUAUAAAAUUGCAUGAUAUUUCAGUCUCGAGACAUCAUGCCAGUAUACUAGUUAACCAUUAAGAAUAAUCCUUUUAUAUAGAAGAUAAUUGUUCAAAAUUUGGAACUUUGGUUUUAGCAUAGGAUGAAGAUUUGUAGAUAUAAUUGAAUUCCCCAAAAAGAGUAGCCCUACAAGUAGGGAGGAUAGUAAUUGUUGUAACAAUAGAAAAGAAAAUAAAUAAAAAGAAAAUAAAUAAAUAUAGAGUGCCUGCGUAAUUUGAAGUGUUUAGAUAAAUUAAAUAGCAUGAAGAUGAAGAGGAAGUGCAAUCUGCUGAUCAGUAAUAAUAAUCGGAUGUUGAAGACAUUUUAAUAAAUGAUCCAGCAUUUGAUAGGGAUUAAGAUAUGAGUAAAUUUAAAAACAUGAACUUUUUAACUGGGAGCAUUAUUUAAAGAGAGUAAUAGUGA